AUGAAAUUUUCGGAAGCGGUUGUCUUCAAGUUUUCAAAUCUCGUCUGCAAAAGUUACAACGAAUCUUGGGUAAUUUUUAACAACUGCCGCCUAAAAGCUGUCAGCAGGGAGAGGAUAUUACUUAAUGCGAAUGCUACUCUUGUAUAUCCGACUAACGAUAUUGGACUUCAUAUAAAGAUGUGGAAAAAAGAAAGUGGCUUUAAGCCAUGGUUACUGGACUCUACCAUCGACUGUUGCCGAUUUAUGAAAAAGACCUACAAUCCUUUUGCCAAUAUAGUCUUCAAUAUCUACAAGGAGUUUUCCAACUUUAACCACACCUGUCCAUACGAGGGCAUACAAGUUGUUAAGGACUUUUACCUUCGAUCGGAACUCCUUCGACUGCCGAUACCGUCCGGGGAAUAUAUGCUCUCAAUGAAUUGGUAUUUCUACAAAAAUCUGCAGGCCAAUACAAAUAUUACCUUUGUCUUUUUGGAAGAUCUUAUAAAUAGAGAUUAG